AUAACUACCAAAACAUACUUCGAACACACAACCCACCCUGAAAUGAAUAUUAUUUUCCUGCAAGACACCAGUAUAUAUAAACUUCCUUAUUCUGUAUCCCUUUCUUUCAGGCAUAAAACAUACUAACCCACAAUUUACUUCUCCUUAAAAACCAACUGUAUAUAACCUUUGAUUCAUGCAGUUUCGAUGAACUGAGCACCAAAGAAAAGCACACAAAAUAAGAAACAAAAAGAUCUUAUUUUCUUCCAAUGUCUCCUACAGGAAAUGGUACUGACGACAGCGAAGUACGACAGAUACCAUAUGUAAACCUGAAAGAGACUUUUAACCAUCACAAAGAGUACUCCCAAAAAACCAAACCAAGCAUAUCGCCGACCCUUGGCGACCUCCUUAGGUGGGUGUACAACGAUGAUGAUCCGGAUGGCGAAGACAAACCUCCACACCAUGUUGUUGAACUCGGUGAUGCUACUGCCAAACCCGUGAUUUCAUAUCCAUUUGUGCUGUCUUUUCAUAACCUUACAUAUAGUGUGAAAAUCAACAAGAAAUUGCCAAGUGGGUUGGACCAUAAGGUGUUAUUGAAUGACAUUUCUGGAGAAGCCAAAGAGGGGGAGAUCAUGGCGGUAUUGGGGGCAAGUGGGUCAGGUAAAUCAACCUUGAUUGACGGGUUAGCUGAUCGGAUAUCGAAGGAGAGUCUCAAGGGGUCUGUUCAUUUGAAUGGUGAAGUGUUGGAGUCCAAGCUAUUGAAAGUUAUCUCGGCAUAUGUUAUGCAAGAAGACCUUCUCUUUCCAAUGUUAACUGUGGAAGAGACACUCAUGUUCUCAGCUGAAUUUAGACUACCUAGAGCUCUUUCAAAGUCGAAAAAGAAGGCUAGAGUUGAGGCACUCAUUGAUCAACUAGGCCUCAGGAGUGCUGCUAAUACUGUCAUAGGAGACGAGGGACAUCGAGGAGUUUCUGGAGGGGAAAGAAGGAGGGUUUCGAUAGGUAUCGAUAUCAUUCAUGACCCCAUCAUUUUGUUUCUGGACGAGCCAACAUCAGGGCUUGACUCCACCAGUGCUUUCAUGGUCGUAAAUGUCCUCCAAAGGAUAGCUCGUAGUGGAAGUAUUGUUAUCAUGACUAUCCACCAACCAAGUUCUCGUAUUCUCAACCUUUUGGAUCGGCUACUCCUCCUCUCCCGUGGACAAACCGUUUUCAAUGGUACCUCCUCAGACCUACCCAUGUUUUUCUCCGAAUUUGGGCACUCAAUCCCUGAGAACGAGAACAGGACCGAGUUUGCCUUGGACCACAUACGAGAACUUGAGGAAUCCCCUCAGGGGACCCAAGGAAUGGUCAACUUCAACAAGUCCUGGCAGCAGCAGCAGCAGAGGAAGAAUACUAGCCUCCCUUCUCGCACCUUGCCUAGAAUGUCUCUAAGUGACGCAAUUAGUGCUAGCAUUUCGAAAGGGAAGCUGGUUUCAGGAGGAGCCAAUGAUGAGUCUAACCCAACCUCAGUUCCAAAAUAUGCAAAUCCCUUCUGGCUAGAAGUAUAUGUAAUCGGAAAGAGAUCAUUUCUAAACUCAAGGAGAAUGCCUGAGUUAUUUGGCAUCCGUUUAGGUGCAAUUGUGGUGACGGGUACAAUCUUAGCCACCAUUUUCUGGCAUCUAGACCAAUCCCCCAAGGGAGCUAAAGAAAGACUUGGAUUCUUUGCUUUUGCCAUGUCAACCACAUUCUAUACCUGCGCUGAAGCAAUUCCAACUUUCCUACAAGAGAGAUACAUUUUCAUGCGAGAGACAGCCUACAACACAUACCGCAGAUCUUCCUAUGUCCUCAGUCAAGCCCUCAUCUCAAUCCCAUCCCUUAUUAUCCUUUCCCUCACAUUCGCAGCCAUCACCUUCUGGGCAGUAGGCCUUGCAGGUGGUCUCCAAGGCUUCCUCUACUACUUUGGCUUCAUAUUGGCAUCAUUUUGGGCUGGUCAUUCCUUUGUCACCUUCCUCUCUGGUGUAGUGACACAUGUCAUGCUCGGUUUCACUGUUGUCGUGGCUAUUCUUGCAUACUUUCUCCUCUUCAGUGGGUUUUUCAUAACACGUGAUCGUAUCCCCUCAUACUGGCAAUGGUUUCAUUUUAUCUCCCUUGUUAAGUACCCGUACGAAGGUGUCCUGCAGAACGAGUUUAGUGAUCACACAAAGUGUUUUGUUAAAGGGGUUCAAAUGUUUGAUAGCACCCCACUGCAAGCUGUUCCAGACAUUCUUAAGUUAACACUGUUGAAAAAUAUGGGGGAUGUGUUAGGAAGAAACCUUACAGGCAGUAGCUGUUUAACUACAGGUCUGGACAUACUCCAACAGCAAGGGAUUACAGAUUUGAGUAGACUGAGUUGCCUGCUAAUAACUAUUGCCUGGGGUUUCCUCUUUAGAUUCCUCUUUUAUGUCACACUGAUGUUUGGGAGCAAAAAUAAAAGGAGAUAAUCACUAUUAGGGGGGGAAGGGUGUGUUAAGUUUUUACAAUUUUUUUUUUUUUUUUAAUAUAUCUUAGUUGGAUAACUGGACUGUCAGUAUUGGAAAUAUCUAAUUGUAUGUUAGAAAGUUGCUUUUGUUAUUCUACAUCUCAUUCUUUUCCUUGCAUAUAUAUGUCCGUCUUCACAAAUAAUACAAAUCAAAUAUCAAAUUAGGUUAUGUUUGAGCAGUAGAACACUUCCUUCAGAAAUCUUUUUUGAUGGCCUUGUAAGUUGUAAAUUCAUAAACCCCAAAUUAUAGAAGUACAACAGGAAACAUCAGUAGAAAUCUUAGCGUUGUGCACAGAUUCUCUGGUUUAGUACGAGUAGUGAACUGCAUCUAGGUUGUGUUUGGUAGGUAAGAAAAUCAUCUUCCAGCAAAAUCAGAUUUCCCACACUUUACUCGUUAUGCCUUGCCUCCUCCUCUCC